AUGUCUUCCGAAGACGACUACGACUACACCCAACACUCGACCGCCAACACCCAGGAGAAAUACUCUUUCCUCUACCCCAUCGGCGCGGGCUCCUCGUCAGGCUCCACGGACUACUCGUCGUUUCGCGAAGUCGCAUUUCUCGACCGCUACCGCGAGAAUGUGUCCAUCCCCCCGGACGGGUACGCGAGACACAGAGAGGAGAAGCAAGUCGCGAGCGCGGACAAUGAUCGCGCGGCGCGGGAUCGGGAGGGUGCCGGCUCAGAGGGCAGGGAUUGGGCGUACACAAGGUCGGACUGGAGACAUUGGGAUUCGAAGCGUCAUGGCUAA